UGUGACAGCUCAGAGCUGUCCACGUCAACACACCGAGCGAGCACGGCAGCAGCGGCAGCGAUGGACUCCACGUCUCUGGAACCUUCCCUCUACACAGUGAAAGCUGUUUUCAUACUUGACAAUGAUGGCAACAGACUUCUGUCCAAGUACUAUGACCGUGAGCUGUACCCCUCCAUGAAGGACCAGAAGAACUUUGAGAAGAAUGUUUUCAACAAGACGCACAAAGCCGACAAUGAGAUAGCUUUCCUGGAGGGGAUGACCAUUGUCUAUAAGAGCAGUAUUGAUCUCUUCUUCUAUGUGGUGGGAAGCGCUCAGGAGAACGAGUUAAUGCUGAUGUCAGUGCUGAACUGCCUGUUUGAGUCCCUCAGUCAGAUCCUCAGGAAAAAUGUGGAGCGUAGGUGUUUACUGGACAACAUGGAGGGAGUGUUCCUGGUUGUGGAUGAAAUCAUCGAUGGAGGGGUUAUUCUAGAGAGUGACCCCCAGCAGGUCCUACAGAAGGUCAACUACAGGGCGGAUGAAAACCCAUUAUCUGAACAAAGCGUGGCCCAGCACAUAACAGAGAAACUGGCUCUCACCACUAACGUUCUGCAGUCAGCCAAGGAGCAGAUCAAAUGGUCCAUACUGAAAUGACUUGGACCAGACAAAUUUAGGAUUCUCGAGCAAGAGAGAGAGAGAGUCGUCUCUAGUCCCAAAGCUAUUUUUUUUAUAGUAACAGACUAAAGGGAAGGUCACUACAAGCCUGUUGGCCAAAAGGCUGCUUUAUAUCGCAAUUAACCAGCCUGUAAUAGGACUCUGUUUCUAUGUGUGAUGGUAUUUUGUUACACUAUGUUUGACAUGUAAUUAAUUUAUUUGGUUGGGGAGUGAAGUUAGUCCACAUCCAUGUAGCGGUAUCAUUAACAGGCCAAAUAACACUGAAAUGAAAAGUAAAGACUUGUAUCUCAAGUCCCAACUGUGCCUCUGUAUGAGACUGAGUGCUUAUUAAGUACCAUCCUAAUCAAUGGAAAAUACAGGAAGCCUGAUUAGUGAUCAGUGAUCUGUUACUUUUAUUUUGGUGGAGCAGGAUCUUCCACUCUCAUUUACUCAAAACAGAGUAUGACAGUCAGAUUUAUUUGUUGUCUUGCUGUUUUGCAUAUUGUCGAUAUAUUAAAUUCAAAAAUGUUACUGUUUUAUACAUGAAGGUCUUUUCCCCAAAAUGUUACAUAAUUAUUUUGGAAAAAUCUUCUCUGGUCGUUAGCUGUUACCCUCUGUGAGUUAGUGUGGAAGGUGUUUUCUCUAAUCAGUCUGAGGCUCAUCUGGAAAUAGACAAGAAGGAAACACUACUGCAGCAAAUAUCUGUAAAUUCAAGCUAAAAAAGCUGAAUAUCACAGCACAUGAAAACGGUUUUCUCCUUUGAACCAUGUAGCCAUAAAUUCACACACGCAGUGACGUCAUUUCUGCACUGAAUGGCUCAUUUUGAUGAAAGUCGUUGUGUUCCUUGAACGACACAAAUGUGGAAAAGAAUGUAAUGAUGCUCUGACACUAAACAAAUGUCAGCACUGUGUUAGAGGCAAUAUGUUACAGUUUCACUGUCACUUAAACCUCUAUCUUCCUUAAAAUGCAUUCCCCUCAAGAAGGAAAAGAAAUAUCUGCACAUAUACAUCUUGAAAUGAGACACCGCUCUUAAUGUUGUGGCCAGAGUUCUCAAGAAUAACGCCUAUUUUCUCAGAGUUAAAUAUGUUCAGAGAUAUUAAAUAUUUUCGUAGUUGAAAAGAUGAAAAAAAGCCAAAGACAAAGUAAUUAUUUUGUUUACAUUUGGAUGUUGUUGAAACAAACUGCCAUUUUGUCUGAUUUGGACAUUUGUCCAUUGUGAGACUGAAAAUAAAACUGUAUAUUUGUGCUGAUUCAAAGUAUCUUCUUAUU